CCGCGGCCGCCAGGUGGCGUGCAUUGCAAAAACAAAGUGCAAUAACACUCAAAUGUCAGGCUAACGUCAACAUGGCAGUGGAAUUGGCAAUUUUAUAGCGCAACGGUGAACGUGCUGUCAACAUACAGCGCGGAACAGAACUUUCUUUUCAAAUAUUCCUAUAAAAUAAACAGAAAUGUCGUAUAAAGUGGCAAUUAGAAGCUUUAAAACGUUGAGUUACCUUGGGAGUUACAAAAAAAUAAGAGAUCGCCCUAUAAGAUACUAUUGUGCUGCAGUAUUGGGUGCUGGAUAUGUAGCUUACAAGGAGUUCAAGCGAAACAAAGCCGAGAUGAAAGAGUUAAUAUAUUUAAAAAACUAUAUGGCUGAGCCAAUCACACCCUUGCAUCAGCUGCAAAAGAAUCAGGACGAUAUGAAGACACAGAUGGAGCUUCUGAUCAUGAGAAUACAGGCUGAAUUCUGUCGUGCAUUAGAAAAGGAAGAAGAUGAGGCUUGGGAAGAUGAAAAAACAGCUGACGAUUAUGAUUUUGACAACGACAUAUUUUUACCUUCGCCGGAAGCAAAGUUCAAAGUGGAUCGUUGGACGCGCAAGGAAGGAGGCGGCGGUAUCACUUGCGUGCUGCAAGACGGGAGGGUGUUCGAGAAGGCCGGGGUCAACAUCUCCGUGGUGUCGGGUAGACUGCCGCCGGCAGCCGUGCAGCAGAUGAAGAGCAGGGGUAAAAACUUCGAAAGCAAAGAGUUGCCAUUCUUCGCAGCAGGCGUCAGCGCCGUCAUACACCCGCGCAACCCCAUGGUGCCCACCAUACACUUCAACUAUCGAUACUUCGAGGUUAAGGAUAAAAACGAAGUGCACUGGUGGUUCGGUGGGGGCACGGACCUCACUCCAUAUUACCUGAACGAAGAGGACGCGGUCCACUUCCACCUCACACUCAAACACGCCUGCGAUACUCACGAUCCCUCCUACUACGACAGGUUCAAGAAGUGGUGCGACGACUACUUCACGAUCACGCACCGCGGCGAGCGGCGCGGCGUGGGCGGGAUAUUCUUCGACGACGUGGACAGCCCCGACCAAGACCGCGCCUUCGGCUUCGUCACCUCGUGCGCCGAGGCCGUCAUACCGAGCUACAUCCCCCUCGUUAAAAAACACAAAGACGACGCCUACGGCUACCACGAGCGACAGUGGCAGCUACUCCGCAGAGGUCGGUACGUCGAGUUCAACCUCAUAUACGACAGAGGCACAAAGUUCGGUCUGCACACUCCGGAGGCCAGAUACGAGUCGAUCCUUAUGUCCUUACCGUUGAAUGCCAAAUGGGAGUACAUGCACGAGCCCCAACCCAACUCAGCUGAGGAAAAGUUAAUGAAAGUCCUGAAAGAACCGAGAGACUGGCUCAAUAUUGAAAAACCUAAAAGCACCGCCGCUUAGGUUACCCAAUGCAUAGGCACCGAGCCACUUUAGGGAGAAGGGCUAGGUAGGUGACCCACCUAGGAAUCUCUGCCCUGAUAUUAAAGUGAUCCAGUGUCAAAAAGUGUGCACAUAUCCUAUGGAUGCAAUGUCAAACUCUCCUGUUAUAUAAUGUAGUGUUAAAAUAGCUCUCUUCUGGGUGGAUGCUUGAAGGAAGAUAAAUUGUUAACAAAUAUUUUUAUAAACUCUAUUAAAUUAUUUAUCUUUUCAAUGAA